CCCGCCCGAGACCCGGCCUCCCUCGCUCUCCCGAGGCUCCAGCGGUUGCAUUGCCGGGGCCGGGCCUCCUCCAGCAGUCGGGUGUGGAAGGCUGAAAUGAAGUGUACCUAAGCUUUACGGACGCUCCUCUAUCGAAGAUAAUUUGGUAAAGAUGUCCUUUAUGAAGGUGCCUGUUGUUGAUGUCCAUAUUGACAAUUUUAAGGAGAUCUGGCCAUCCCUGCUGCUUGCAGUGAGAACAGCAAAUUUCAUAGCAAUCGACACUGAACUGAGUGGACUCGGAACUCGGAAAGCUUUGCUGGCACAGUCAGUUGAAGACCGUUACAAUGCAAUAUGCCAAGCUGCCAGAACACGAUCUAUUCUUUCUCUGGGGAUAGCGUGUUUCAAGAAACUGCCAGAUAAAGAGGAUGAAGCUUACCUGUGCCAGGUGUACAACCUUAUCCUGCUUUGCAUGGAUGAAUAUAUAAUUGAGCCUCAAUCUGUUCAGUUCCUGGUUCAGCAUGGAUUUGAUUUCAAUAAGCAAUAUGCCAAGGGAAUUCCAUACCACAAAGGCAAUGACAAGAGUAAUGAAAGUCAGGGGCAGAAUAUUCGAGCACUCUUCCUAGAAAUUAUUCAAUCAAAGAAGCCUUUAAUUCUUCACAAUGGGCUGAUUGACUUGGCAUUCCUAUACCAGUGCUUUUAUGCACACUUACCCAACCAACUCCUGACCUUCACAGCUGACUUGUCUGAGAUGUUUCCAGCUGGGAUUUAUGAUACUAAAUAUGCCUCAGAGUUUGAGACUCGCUUUGUGGCUUCCUACCUGGAGUACGCUUACAAAAAGUGCAGACGAGAGAAUACCAGACUACUUGACAUGAAGAGCAGACAUCUCUCCAUUGAGUUCCUUAACUAUCAACAGACGAUUGCCAAUUAUAUUGACUAUCGGUACUGCUCCCUCCCAGACAGUGAAAAAGACAUUACAGACAAAACUAAACUGGGAAUCUGUGAGAAGUUUUCUGCUUAUGGCUGGUGUCCAAAUGGAAUAAAAUGCCCCUUGUCUCACAAUACUGACCUUAUCAUCGAUGAGGAUGAACGGAUUAAAGAUGAUAAAAGAAAGAGAAGGAAAGCCAGGAAAAGACGGAAGCAGAAUGCAAUGGAAGUGACCAGCAACCCGCCAGAAUCCACACCCGGAGACCAUGCGGCUCCUGAUAUCAGCCCACCCUGUAAAGUGGUGUGUCAGAAUUCUGAUGAGCAACCAGAGACUACUGAGAUGCCGGAUGCUGGAGAGGCAAUGCACAACGAAUCCUUAAAUUCCUCAAAGGGCUGUUCAGAUCAGAAAGAAAUGGAAGAAACUCCAGAUGUAAGGGAAGUUAAGGCAGAGUCAUUUGGUGACUUACAUCAUGGUGAUGGAAUGGAGGGGAUAUCUUGGAGUGACUCAGAUCGAAUGCCAAACUCUUCAAAUGAUAUGGAAAACAAAACUGAGAAAAAAUGCAGGAAACUCGAAAUCGAGGAAAAGACCAAAGCGGAAAAAGCUGAGGGUGGCACUCACCGUGCAGGGUUCGAUGCUUUUAUGACUGGGUUUAUAAUGGCCUACACCCUGAUGUGGAAAAAGGGUGACAGCGAGCACGAUAGUGACUGUGACGGUACUAAGAUAGAUAUGUGGUUACCUGACCUCCUGAAUAAACUAUAUCUGAGUGGAAAGAGCAUUCCCUUGCAGAUUUGCAAGAGCUCUUUUUCAAAAUCCUCCAAAGCCCAUCAAGCCAAGAUUGAAUUGGCUUGGGGGAAAAAAUGAAAAUAAAACAUUUUUUAAAUAAACAUUUAUUUGAAACAUUGUCUUAAUGUUGACCUGUACGACAGUUGUUCCCAAUUAUAGAAUUAAGACAAUGGAAUGUUUAAACAAUUUGAAAAAANGGUUAUCUCACAAGCAGUCUUCCAGGUUUAUUAUUUAGUCUUUCACCUUAUGGCGGUUUUGACAGAUUUUAGUAUUU